AUGGCGCUCGCGCUCGCGUCUUGGACGACGCGCGCGGCGAUCCACAUCCGCGCCGCGCGCGGUGCGCGUCGCGGCGGCGCGCGGACGCCGCAUCGCGCGCGAACGCGAACGACGACGCGCGCGGACGGCGCCGCGCACGUCGGCAUCGUCUCGGAAGACCUCGUGGACGGCUCCUCGCUCGUCGCGACGCGACUCGCGCCGGAGCGCGGCGGCGCCUCCUCCGCCUCCUCCUCCUCCACGGCGUCCUCCGCCGCGGCGUCGAUCCUGAGCGCGGACGACGUCGACGGCUCCUCCCUCGUCGCGACGCGACUCGCGCCGCAAUCGCAAUCGCGAUCGCGACCGCCGCGCGAUCCGUCCAGGCCUCUGCUGUACGUCUCCCCGACGUGCCCGUUCGCGCAGCGCGCGUGGAUCGCGCUCCUGGAGAAGGACGUCGAGCACGACAUCGUGUUCGAGGACCUGGCGAACAAGUCGGAGGACAUGAAGGCUGCGUACGCGCUCGCGGGCGGCGCGGGAGACGCGAAGGGAAAGACGAUGAUCGAGUCGGCGCCGGUGGCCAACUACGUCGCCGCCGCGUUCGACGGCGGACACGAGCUCCUCCCCACGACCGCGUCGGAGGAGUACGACGGGACGAUGUUCGUGGACGCGUUCGGCGGCGUCGGCCCCGCGUUCUUCAAGUCUUUGCGCGCGACGAACGAGAAGGAGGUGGAAGACGGGUUGCGAGCCGUGCGCGACGCGCUGAAAAAGGCCGAGGCGAGUCGCCGGUCCACGCGUAACGUCUCCUCCCCGAGCACGGCGCUCGCGCUUCGAUCGAAAGAAAACGCCGACGGCCCGUUCGCGCUCGGUUCUCGGUACAGCGUCUACGACGUCGUCGCCUCCACGAUCGCGCCGCGCGUGUCGAUCGUGCUGCGGCACUACCGCGGCUUCUCGCUCGGCGCCGAGCUCGAAGCGAUGGGGUUGACCAAGGUGAAGGCGUGGGCGGAGGCGUGCGCGGAGCGGCCGAGCAUGAGGCGCACGCUGGAGGAGUUGGAGAGGGUGACGGGGAAAGACGUCGCGACGGCGUUCGUGGAUCACUUCGAUAAGUUCGUGUCGUGGAAGGGGCCGUAG